UUGGACUAAGGUUUUAAUCUUCGGUGGGAGGCGGGGAGGAUCUGCCGGGCCUGAGGAGCAGUAGUCUUCGAGAACAAAGAAUUACAGAGCACCCACAAGUCGUAAUCUUGGCCAAAGUACUGUAACAAGAUAAUUUAAACAAGGCUGAAGUUGGGCGAAGAUUAGCCCUCCUUUUAGGAAGGUGUUCCUGAACACCGCUGACAACACGGUUCUGACAGUAUUUCAUGACGAUGGAUGGCGACAGUGCUACAACAGAUGCUUCUCAACUAGGCAUCUCUGCGGACUACAUCGGAGGAAGCCACUACGUGAUACAGCCUCACGAUGAUACUGAGGACAGCAUGAAUGAUCAUGAAGACACAAAUGGUUCAAAAGAAAGUUUCAGAGAACAAGAUAUCUAUCUUCCAAUUGCAAAUGUAGCAAGGAUAAUGAAAAAUGCCAUACCUCAAACGGGAAAGAUUGCAAAAGAUGCCAAAGAAUGUGUUCAAGAAUGUGUAAGUGAGUUCAUCAGCUUUAUAACAUCUGAAGCAAGUGAAAGAUGCCAUCAAGAGAAACGGAAGACAAUCAAUGGAGAAGAUAUUCUCUUUGCCAUGUCGACCUUAGGCUUUGACAGUUAUGUAGAACCUCUAAAAUUAUACCUUCAGAAAUUCAGAGAGGCUAUGAAAGGAGAGAAAGGAAUUGGUGGAACAGUCACAGCUACGGAUGGACUAAGUGAAGAACUCACAGAGGAGGCAUUUACUAACCAGUUACCAGCUGGCUUAAUAACUGCAGAUGGUCAACAACAAAAUGUUAUGGUUUAUACAACAUCAUAUCAACAGAUUUCUGGUGUUCAACAAAUUCAGUUUUCAUGAUCUGAAGAAAUGGUGGCAUGGGGAGUGGAGAGAAGGGAAAGAGUCUGUACGAUUCUGGAAACAGAGACAUUAAGAAGGAAGUGACUGGGGGAACGAUGUCUCUUUGUAUAUUAAAUAGCUGUAAUGUAGCUUCCUGAUGCUUGACUAAUUGAGGUGUUAAUUCUGACUUGAGAAUCUUUUUCAUGAAUGAUUUUAAAGAAAAAUUUGGAUUUUAAAGGUAUUAAAAUAUUUUUGUUUUGUACGAGAGUUUGUUGCUCUGUAUGACUCCUGUAUGCAUUGUAUAUUGCAAUUUAUUACUGUCAGAGAUUUGUAGACAGUUUCUUAUUUUCAUAUUGAAUCAUGUUACUUUUGUAAUUCAAGUAAGCAGCUGGGUUAAUUCAUGAUGUUUGCCCUUUUAAUAAAAUAUAAGGGUAGAGUUCAUUUUGAA